UUUUACGACCUUAAAUUACUUUAAAGCCGACAAAAUGGCCGGCUUAGAAGACGAUGACAAUUUUGACGAAGAGAUAUUUCAAGAAACUGCAUUGCUGUCGUUUCCCCAAGAAGUUCAAAAUGUUUUAGACGAAAUUCUACCAAGUGAUGAUCCAAUUGACAGCCCUGAGUUUAACCCGGUAGAUUACAUCAACACUUUGUUCCCUACAGAACAGUCAUUGUCUAAUAUUGAUGAUGUUGUUGGAAAAAUACGACUAAAGAUACGGCGUUUGGAUGAUAACAUUCGAGGUGUUGUGCGGGGCCAGACCAAUGUUGGCGAGGAUGGUAGGGAGGCCCUGGAAGAGGCACAGAGGGCAAUACAAGACCUCUUCUCCAAAAUCAAGGACAUCAAAGACAAGGCAGAAAAAUCUGAAGAAAUGGUAAAAGAGAUUACUAGAGACAUCAAACAGCUGGACCACGCAAAGCGCCACCUGACUGCUUCCAUCACAACCUUAAAUCAUUUACACAUGCUUGUUGGGGGAGUGGAAUCACUCACGUCACUAUCACGGCGGAGACAGUAUGGUGAUGUAGCCAACCUGCUACAGGGGGUGCAGAAUGUGUUGGAACAUUUUCAGCCUUACAUGGCCAUACCCCAGAUCAGGGAACUGGCCGACAGGGUCAAACAGAUGCAGGCCGAGCUCGGCACACAAAUCAUCACCGACUUUGAAGAGGCAUUUCAGGGAUCUGGUGCUAAGUAUGGUCCCGGGAACCAGAGGCAGUUAAAGGAAGCAUGUUUUGUUGUGAACAUUCUCGACCCGAAGGUGAAACGAGACCUGCUCACCUGGUUUGUCAGGCUCCAGUUGUCAGAGUACCUGGUGCUGUUUGGGGAAAACCAGGAUGUAGCAUGGCUGGACAAGAUAGAUCGCCGGUAUGCAUGGAUCAAGCGGACGCUGGUGGACUUUGAGGAGAAGUUUGGCCACCUGUUCCCUGUCGACUGGGAAGUCAGCGAGAGGAUUUGUGUAGAGUUCUGUGAUAUCACCAGGAAGGAAUUGCACAAAAUCAUGGGGAAAAGACGUUCAGAGAUUGAUGUUAAACUUCUGUUGUUUGCCAUUCAGAGGACUACAAACUUUGAAAGUCUUAUAUCAAAAAGAUUUACUGGAGUUACUAUUCAAACUGCCCAGACAAAGCCAGCAGCCAGUAAGCCAGCUCCAGCAAGAAACCCCUUUGAAGAGCAGACGUAUCCUGAAGGGAACAACCCAUUUGCAGAGGACGCGGGGUCAGCAGGGGAGUCGGAUGAUUCAAAGACACCAACCAAGGCAUUGUCUUCUCCAUUCAUUGGCAUCAUAUCAAAGUGUUUUGAGGCUCAUCUAGACAUCUAUAUUGAAUCACAGGAUAGAAACCUGGCUGAUCUGUUGACACGCUUCUUAGAGGAUUUCCGCCAGUAUGGAACUCCGAGGAUCGAGUCGGAGGAGGGUAGUAAUGUGUUGCCAAGCAGCGCGGACCUGUUUGUGUGCUACAAGAAAUGCAUGGUUCAGUGCUCCCAGCUGAGUACAGGGCAGCCGAUGAUUGACCUCAGUAGAACAUUCCAGAAAUAUCUGAAGGAGUACGCUCUCCGUAUCCUUCUCAAUAACUUGCCUAAGUUGUCAGCCCAGAGUAGCAACAUGACAUCAGCCACCGGCCUGAUCCAGUCUAUCCUCAAGGAGGGUGAGGUCACCAAGUUAACAGAGGAGGAACAGUGUAGGAUCUGCAGCAUCCUGUGUACGGCGGAGUACUGCAUGGAGACCGCACAACAACUUGAGGAGAAACUGAAGGAGAAGGUUGAUGUGGAACUAAUAACCAAGAUAGACCUCAACACUGAGCAAGACAUCUUCCACAAUGUCAUUUCCAACUGUAUUGGCCUGCUGGUUCAGGACCUGGAGACUGCUUGUGAGCCGGCUCUUACAGCCAUGUGCAAGAUGUCCUGGUCGUCAGUGGAGGCAGUAGGGGACCAGAGUGGUUAUGUGACGGCCAUCUCUGGCCACUUGAAGGCAGCCCUGCCUCUCAUCCGGGACAACCUUGCAUCCUCGCGCAAAUACUUCACACAAUUCUGUGUCAAGUUUGCCAAUGUGUUUAUUCCCAAGUUCAUUGGUAGCUUGUACAAGUGCAAGUCGGUGACAGCUGUUGCAGCUGAGCAGUUACUUCUUGACACACAUUCCCUGAAGACAGUUCUACUGGACCUGCCUUCCCUCGGCUCAUCUAUAUCCAGAAAGGCUCCAGCAAGCUACACUAAAAUUGUGCAGAAAGGAAUGACAAAGGCAGAAAUGUUGUUGAAGGUAAUGAUGUCCCAUCAUGAACCAGCUAAAGCCUUCAUAGAUAACUACAUCCGACUCCUCAAUGACUCAGACAUCAGCGAGUUCCAGAAAAUACUUGAAAUGAAGGGCCUGAAGAGAAGUGAGAUCAACACUCUACUGGAGCUUUACCGUGCCCACCUGCCAGUCUCCAUGGCAAUAGGUCGGCAGGUGUCCAUGGAGAGGACAGGGUCAUCAGGCACAAUGGUCACCACUCCCGAACCGGAAUCUAGCAGGAUACGCAAACUAGAAAAACUCAUCAAGAAAAGACUGUAAUUGUUGACUUUUUGGAAAAUUUAAUUAUAUUCUAAUAAUAACUCCAUAUAAUUAUGUAGAUUGCGAUGUAAUGUGCACAUUUUGUUGCCUAUAGAAAGAAGUGUUGCAGAACUCUGAUCUGAUAAAUAUUAUCUUGUAUUUAUUGUCUGACUUUUACUGAGGGGAAAGUGCAAUGUAUGUAUUUGAAUUGUUUACUUUAAAUUUAUCAACUCAACAAUGUUUUCAUUUGCAUUGUACAAAGAGCUGUUAGUUGUUAAAAUUCUACUUGCAUAUUGUAUAAUUUUAUCAUGUCAAGCAGUGAUAGAGAAUUUGAUGUGAUCCCAGGUCAGAUUUAUUCUGAAUUAUUUAUGUACAGAAAUAUAAAUAUAAAAUAAACAAAAAACUACUACUCA